UCCUUGAUUCACUAUUUCGUCUGCACCAGUGGUUGUGGUAUGGAAUAGAAUAGCUUGAGAUGCUGUGUGCAUAGGUAUUCUGUUUCUUGCUUGAGUACGAAAUGAAUCGUGGCUGAUAUUCGUGUGCCCGGUCUUCUUUGGACAUAAAGAGGGUGUUUGACGCAACCUAUUAUUCGAAAUUUCGACGACGCGGUAAAUUGGAUUGGAAUUUUUCGAGCAAGCAGUACCUGGAGAACUGGUGAUUGACUGCAGAAGCUAGUCGUUGACAUCGUUCCAGGAUUUCAUGACAGCCGCUCAAGAUGGAAAACGAUUCCACUGUUGACGAGCACAGCGCUCAUGCCGCAACUUCGCUAAUGCCAAAUUACCAACGACUCAAAUCAGCAUAUUCCUUCGACCUGUGAAAUUUUAGCAUGUGACACCUUUCACACCGUUGUUGUGGCCUACCUUUAGUACAGGUACAGUACUUGAAGCAAAAGAUUUUCUUAACAUGCGAAGACUGACAGAGACUACGUCGUCGCGCUAAUUACAGACGGGAGAUGCGGAUCAAGAAUAGACGAACAGUUUUAAAGGAGAUGAAUGGAAGGACCAAAUUGAGAAGCGGCGAGAGCUGUAGAUGACCUAUUCCUGGAUAUUGGUCUGCGAUUAUGCAGGUGGAAUCUGAGAGGUGGCUGUUUGAAAGUGAUAUCUAUAACAUUUUUUCGGAUGCCUCGAUCGAAGUGUCUGCCAUAGCUACCCUAGUUGAAGGAUGUUCUUGUAGAGGCCUUGGAGGGAGCAGUAUGUUCAAUGUGUCGAUACAAAUUCUGCGGAGGUACGGUAGUCGUGGCGGAAUUGGAAGCUCUCUCGCGAGACGUGCUUUUCAUUCUUGUCCGUCGGACCACCGGUUAGUGGAGCAUCGUUCAGGAAUUCUUUGCCCUUGAGUUGCUGAAGAGCUGCUACAGAGCUUUGCUUAAUUCUUUCCAACAAACAACCAUAAAGGCUUCUACUCCGAGCAACGAUGGGAAUGGGAGGGUGUGAAGUUCAGUUAAACUCUAGCAAAUCCUCAGCUCGAAGGCCUUCAAGCGUACAGAUUGUGAAAAGCGGGGGAUGUAUUAAACCACGCAUCAUUCACACAUAUUCUCCCAAAGUUUACAAGAUCAAACCCGAGGAAUUCUUGGAUUUGGUUCAGAAGUUGACUGGGCGGCCUACCACUGAGGAAUCUACAUCGAAAACUUAUCAGUUUUUUGGAAAUGCCUCCAACUCCGAGAGUUCCCGCUCGCAGGAGAAUGACUCUAGUUCGGUUCAGUCUGCGGAUUAUGACCGGGAUGAAAUUGUGAAAUCCAGUGUAGAGGCGCUUGGUUCACCAGUCAGCAAGCAACUGCUCGCCUCUCUUGCUGCACCGAGGUUGGUCACUUUAAAUUUCUUGCCUAUGUUGUCCUCAACACCAAGCACUUUCAACCAAUCUAGGAGGGAUCAAGGGUUCUCUUUCUCGUCAACUGCAUAUUGAUAAGGUAACUGCAAUCGUCGUAAUAUGAUGCAGUACGCCAUUAUAUUGGCGUAGUAGCUUUAAACUCUAGUUUCUCUAAUUACAAUUAAGCUUUUAGUUAACUGAAUUAGGUUUGAACGUGAUGUGCUAAGUGACGGAACACGAACAUUAACUCUAUGCGCACUCUCAGGUCGACCGGUGAAUAGUGUACGGAAUUGUGUUCCUACUCUGUCACUGGUCAUCAGCAUAUGUACAGCCCCCUAAUGGAGGAGAAAUGUCGAGAGUUUGAAGUUGCUCAAGCGAACGAGGAUAGAAAAUUUAGCGGGAAUUUGAGUUGUGUCCUUGUGCGUAUGUACUACCGGGAAAUCAUGUGUACAAUAUUAGAACAGUGUUCAAUUUCGGACGCAGGGGUCAUCCUCUGUCGUCUCUCACAAUACAUUACUACGAAUCCGAGUUCCUCUAA